AAUUUUUUUAGUUUAAUAACCGGCAACGAAGAAAAGCACCCCAUUAUUAUUGAUGAUCACGAAAGAAUGAGUGUAAUUUGAUUGGAAAUCAUUGUUUUAUACUAUAUUAUUUUCGUUGUUGGGUUACCUGUGAUAGCUCGCAUUGUUGUUAUGACAAUACUGUAAUUUGAGAGUACGCUGGUGUUGAUAUUAGCAAACACAUCUACAAGUUGGCUUUCUUGGUCAGUUUUAAGUGUACUUUCAGUGUUAAGGAGCAAUAUUCUAUACUACAACGUAUAGUAUUCACUUUUAUUGAGAUUUUGGGAUAGUGGAUUGAUUCUGGAUGAGAAAAUAAGGGAAAAUUGUACUUUGUUUGCACGAAAGAAAAAAAAAAGAUAAGUAUCCAACUGUUUUUGGUUUGUAAGCAUAUAUUGAAACUUUCCUAAUUUUCACAAAUUAUUUGAUCUAGUUCCCAGAGAAAAAAUGGCUCGAUAUGUGUCAACCAAGAAAAGAAACUUUGUCAAUUGCAUAAGUAUUACCAACUGCAGUUAUAUCAAGGAAUUUGAAUUAAUCGACUGUUCAUCAAAAGGUCUAGUUUCGGUACCUCAUUUUAAAGGAUUCCAAAAAAGAGCAAGAUCGCUGACUCUGAAAAAUAACUUCAUCACGGAUGUAAAUAUCUCACGUAUUAAGACACAACUACCGCUUAUUCGCCAAAUCAAUCUUCAUAAGAAUCCUCUUCGCUGUACAAAUAACAUCUGUAACUUUGUGAUUCUCAAAACUGAUUGUGAUUGUCCUCAUCCGGCCAUCUUUCCUACGAUAUUUUCACAGUCAUCCUCAACUACGACUUAUAGAUUCAAACCUGUGAAAACUACUAAAACUGUUGAAUCCUCCUUGACUACGAGUGAGAGAUUCAAGUCUACAAAGACUACCACUUCAGUUUUGUCCACUGCCGAAUCCUCGAUUACGAGUGGUAGAUUCAAGUCUACGAAGACUACUACUUCGGUUUUGUCCACUGUCGAAUCCGUGACUACGAAUGGUAGAUUCAAUCAUACGAGGAAUACUACUGCAGUCUCGUCCACUGUUGCGUCAACUAAUGCAUCAACUCGCAUUCGAAUUUCAAGUGACAUUCUCUACUUUAUCAUAUUUUUUCCAUCUCUCGGAUCAGUUUUACUUAUAAUGCUGAUAUACACACUAAUUAUUAAAUUUCGUAGAAACACUGCUCUUGAUGAAGUAAUAGAACUUAAUCAGAUAGAUAAUCCAAUGAUCAACAUCGAUGAUGAAGACGAUGAAGUAACAGUUUAUGAACAUCCUCUUAUCGCACAUAAUAGUGAAAACACUCAAAAUGUGUCACGUAUAUAAAUCAAACUAAUUAGAUGUUUUCGUCAGUAUGGGAGUAUCUUGGUGUUGUAAAGUUUCGUACAAUUCUCAGCUGAGACCAGAUUGGUUUUUGGAAAAAAAAUAAAAAAAUCACCAAUUCACACGCAACGAAACUUUGAAAUACCAAAUAUGAAUCAACUGAUCACA